AUGUCCAAAUUGCUAUUGAGUGCCGUGGUCCUACCACUUGGCAUGAGUCUUACUACAGUCGUACCGGUCCUCGCCAUCAUAGCAUACGCCCUCUGGUCCUACCUCUCCUACCGCCGUCUCUCCCACAUCCCGGGUCCAACGCUGUCCCACUGGUCCAUCAUCCCGCAACUAUCCUGGAUCCUCAGUGGCAACUCCUUCCCCAAUUACGGCCAAAUCUGUUUCCACUACGGGCCCCUCGUUCGCAUAGCCCCCGACCACGUCCUCACCUCCAACCCCGAGAUCAUCCGCAAGAUCUCAGCUGCUCGUUCACCCUACACUCGAUCACACGGCGGCAUAGUCUUCCGCUCCAAAGCAGGGGUCGACAAUAUCUUGAGCACACGCGAUGAUAAAGUGCAUAAUGAAAAGAGGCAGCAGAUGGCGGCGGGGUAUAGCGGGAAGGAGAAUCUGGAUAUGGAGAGCGAUAUGGAUGUGCAGGUGGAGGAGUUUGUGAAGUUGAUCGAGGAAAAGUAUGUUAGUGAUAAGGAUGCUUUCAGGCCGGUGGACCUUUCGGCGAAGGCGAGUUUCUUUACGAUGGAUGUGAUUAGUGCGCUGGCUUUUGGGAAGACGUUUGGAUGUUUGAAGGAGGACCGCGAUGUGAGUGGGAUUAUGGAGCAGACGAAGAAGGCGGUGACUUUGUUGAGUGUGCUGAUUGAGGUGCCGUGGGUGUAUCGGGUGAUGGAGCAAGGGAUGAGGUUGCAGGGGAUAUUUGGAGGGAGUGAUGCUGGUGUGCUACAGUCAGUCUCUCUUGCUAAGGAAGCCGUGGAGGAGAGGUUGGUCGAAAUGGGACUGAAGGGAGGAGGAGCUGCAGUACCGGUCGACAAGCAGGACAUGUUGGGCUCCUUUAUUCGACGUGGUCUGCCCGUUGAUCAGCUCGAGACCGAGGCGCUCUUGCAGGUCCUCGCCGGCGCUGAGACCACAGCGGUCGCCUUACGUAUGGUGUUACUUCAUCUCGCAAGUAACUCUCAUGCGCAGCGCAAGCUUGUCCAGGAGAUCGAACAAAGUGGCUGGGUUGAGGGUGUCAUCAGCGACAAGCAAGCGCGCGAAAUGCCAUAUCUCCAGGCUUGCAUCAAAGAAUCGUUGAGGCUACAGCCGCCUGUGAGCUUUCUGAACUCGAAGGUGGUGCCGAAAGGUGGAGAUGAGUUAGACGGAUAUUUUGUUCCCGAAGGAACGAAGGUUGGGUGGUCGACUUUCGCUAUCCAACGUAGUCCAGUCACGUUCGCGCCAGAUCCAGACAUUUUCCGACCCGAAAGAUGGAUCCUGGUCUCAGCCGGAGGAGAUUGCGAGUCGUCAGACACACUGACACACAUGUCUCGCACAGACGAUCUGGUCUUUGGGUGGGGCCGCUGGAAGUGUCUCGGACAGAAUGUUGCGUUGAUGGAGCUCAACAAGCUGGUGGCCGAGUUUUCGAAACGAUUCGAGUGGUCGCUGUGUGACCCGGCCAAAGCUUUCGAGGUGGACUUUAACGUCGCCGCCUUCGUGCAGACUGGGAUGUGGAUGCGGGUAACGGCUCGUGAGAUGUAG